UUUUUAAAGAGUUUACUAAAAAGUUUAUGGAAUGUUUGAAAAAUUAAAGAAGAUUCUCUUAGGCUAUAUUAGAAAGGUUUAAGUGAGAAUUCAUCUGAAGAUUCCUCUUAACAUCUCUUCAGAACGCUUCCCUGUCCAUGGAUUUCUUUCAAAUUUUCUUCAGGGGUUCAUCCUGAGAUUCUUUCACGAUUUUUUUCUGGGGCUUCUUCAGAAGUUCCUCACGGAAUUUCUCAAAAAAGUCACCAUUAAACUUUAGACUGAAUCUCUGGAAGGAAAUGAUCUCAUUUCAAUUCUAUACAUUUUGCAGAACACAAAUCCGAACAAAUUUGAGAAGGAAAUUUGACAAAAAAAAGUAAGAAAACAAAUAAAACUCUUGCAGGAAUAUGAUCGAAUUUCAGUGAAACGAACGAAUUAUAACGAAUUAUUAACAAAUUCAUGCGAAAUGUUGAAAAAAAUUUAAGAAUAAUUCUAAAGGAAAUUCAGAGAUUCUUGAGAAAUUCCGGAGAGAAUCUGAAAUAACUUUCAAGGUAAUUCUGAAGAAGUUUUGAAAAAUCCAGAACAAUAAUGCAGUACUAUCAAGGGGAAGAAUUGAAAAAAAAAAUCUAACAAUAUUUAAGAGAGAAUUAAAAAAAAUCGUUUUGGAGGGGUUGGUGCAAUUCAAACGAAUUUCUGAGAAAUUCUGAGGAAACUUCAAAGUUGUUUUUGACGAAAUCAGGAGAAAAUUUUAAAGAGAAUUCUUAAGAAUUCAUAAUAAUAUCCUUAACAAAAUUAAGAGAUUGAAAAAAAGUUUCAGUGGCAAUGUGUAGGAACAAGAGGAGUUUUAUGAUGAAUUUUCAGAAAGGGUUGUCAAGGAAUUCAAAGGAACUUUUUUUUUAUAAAUUCCAUUAAGAAUCCUAAGGGAUUCAUGAGCGGCGACUAAAAAAAUAAAAAAAAUCCUAGAGGAAACUCAAAAUUAAGUCAAAGAAAUUCCAGAUUAAAAUCUUCAGAUUUUUGAGAAUGAAUUGUAAGAGAAUUCCAGGAACAAUUCUUAAAGUAUUUUAGUGUGAAUUUCGUGGGAUUUUGUAGAGAAAACCAGAAAAUUUUUAAUGAAAUUCCGCUUAGAACACUAAGGCAUUCUGGAAGGAAAACUGGAAGGAUUCCGGCGAAAUUUCUGAAGAAAUUCCAUAAAUUAUAAUGGAGUUUCUAUAAUAAUGUUUUAGUUAUAAUUCAAAUAUAUGCAGAAAAAAUAAAAAUAAAAGUUACAAAAAAUAACAAUUUCAUCGAAAUUUUCAAUAAUUUUAAAAAAAUCUUGAAAGAAGUGAAUCAAGAAUAUUUUCAAGGUGUAAUUAAAAAAAAAAUCUUUUGAGAAAUUCUGGAGGUGCCGGAAUAAUGACAGGUAGAUAUUAUAUUCAGCAGGAACUAACAGGAAGCUAGUUUGAGUCACUUUAAAAUUGGGAAUCUGGAGGAAUUUCAGAGCAAAACGUGAGGUAAAUCAGAAGAAAUUCUAGAUUAUUUGUUUGAGAAAUUCCAGAAAAUGUAUUAAGUAAUUCAUGGCGCUUUUCUCAAAGAAUUUCAGGUAAAGGUAUUGAAAGGAAAAUUGUUAAUGAAUUUUACGGAGCGAAUACUGAUGGUAUUCCAAAGUAUAUUUUCAUUAAAUUUUUAGGAUAAUUUUGAGAAAAAAACAGGAGAACUUCAGAAGGGAUUUCUUCUUCAGAUAGUACCCCAAGAGGAUAUCUCCCGAUGUGUGCCAGGAAACAUCGUAAAUAAAUCUUAGAGAAAAAUCUAUAUGAACUCCAGAAAUUUAUAGACGAAAUUCUUCAGGAAUUUAAGAAAGAACUAUGAUAGAAUUCCAGGACGAAAUACUGAGGCAUUUUGGGGGAAGCUUUCAAAAACUUUCAGAAGAAAUCAUGAAAGAUUUCCGAAGGUAUUUCUGAAGAGUUGUACACGGAAUCCUGAAAAAAUGUUGAAGUUACCGAAGAGAAAAGUCUGAAGGAAUUGUGGUAUUAUUUUUAUUAAUUUCCAGGAGAAUUAUGUUGACAUGACGAAGGAUUUAUGGAGAAAUUUCUGAAAGAAUUCUGUAGGAAUUUCAUGGGCAUUCUGAAGAGUUUUAGGAAGGAACUUUAACAGAAUUCCACGGGGAAUCCCUAAAACUUCUUCAAACAAGAGGCAGAGUUUCCAUUUCUGAAAAAUAAAAAAUAAACAGAAAUUGCAAUGGAAUUUAAGGAGGAUUCUCUCAAUAAUUCUGGAGAAAAAUCUGUAACAAUUCCAGGGAGAAUUCUGACGGAAUUUCAGUUGUAAUUAAGAAAAAUAAUCCAAACGAUAAACUAUUUCUAAAUUAUUAAAAAAAAUCAUAAUUUUUUUGGGAUUUCGAACUACGAACUACAAACAAUCAGAGAGAUGUAAAUUUAGAGAUUUCUGAAGGCAUACCCACGGGACAAUCUGGAGGAAUUCCGGGGGGAGUAUUUGGAGUAAUCCUAAGAGAGAUUCUGGAGUAGGCUGUCCUAAAAAAAACGAUGUUCAAAUAGUAGAGGUGCUCAACCCUAAAAAGAAAAGUAUGCAUGUUCGAAGCACUUUUGUAAAACAUUUCGUUUUUCUAAAAAAAUCAUUUGAAGGUUCCGCCUGGGCAAUUUUUGAAAAAUGAACCUUUUUCAUAGAAAUCCUCAAAAAAAAUCAUUUUUCGUAAUGUUUUUACAACUUCUGAUUUUUUUUCAACAUUUUUUUUCUGUAGUCCUCUAGGUAAUUCUUGUAGGGUAUUGGUUUUUGGGGUAUACAGGUACUCUUCGAUAUAACGUACAAAAAAGUUUUCUCUUUGUACGUUAUAUCGAAGUGUACGUUAUAUCGAAGCAGAGAAAAAAAUAUUAUUUUUUAUGCUAGUAUUGAUGUAUUCGACGUGAAAUUAAUCCCAAAUAAUGAUUUCAGUGAAAUUCACAAAACCAAUAAUGAAAAACUUGAGUUUUGACGAAAAAGUCAUUUCGUUUUUUGUGCUUCGAUAUAACGUACAUUUUGCUUCGAUAUAACGUACACUAAAUUUUUCCCCAAAUUGCGCUAAUUCUGGGUAACAAGACUAAUGCUGCAACAAAACAUUGAUUUGAGUGAUUUCGUAGUUUAUCUAAGGGUAAUUCCUGAGAAAAAUAAAAAAAUUCAAUGUUGUACGUUAUAUCGAAGCAAAAUGUACGUUAUAUCGAAUUCGCUAUAUCAAGGGUACGCUAUAUCGAGGGUACGUUAUAUCGAAGAAUACCUGUACAUAUAUGGAAUAUAUCAUUUUAAAUAUUUUUGAAAUAUUGAAAGCGUAAUAUCUCAGCUUCUAGACUAGAUAUUCUAAAUCUUUUUUUUAGAUAAAUGACUCAUACGGAUACUAGUAUCAGACAAACCUUUAUGGUUGACAAUUAAUAAUAGUACAUGUGUUUUCAAGUAAACUUUGAUGAAAAUUGCUAAAAAAUAGACUUCUUAUUAGUACACAAAAGGUUCAGUCAUCAAUAUAAACACAAUUUUUAUAAAAAACCAAUACCCAACCAGAAUUUUUAGAGGUUCAUAGAAAAAUAUAAAAAUAUUGGAAAAAAAACGGAAAUUGAAAAAAAAUACAAAAAAAAAUGAAAAUUUUUAUGAAAUAAGGGGUCAUUUUUCAAAAAUUGCCCUGGCGGAGCCUCUAAAUGUUUUUUUUUCUACAAAAACGAAAAGUUCUACAAAAAUGCUUCAAAUAUGCAUAGCUUUCAUUUUAUACUAAAACACCUUGACUUUUCGUGCAUCGAUUUUUUGGUACAGGGAAAUUUCGAAGAUUUUUUGGUACGGGGAAAAUUAUAGAGGAAGCCCAGGAAAAAUUCUAGACGGUUUUAAUUAGGAACUUAAAAUAAAAAUCUAAGGAACUUCUUAAACUAUUCGAGGAAUAACUUUGAAAAGGAUUUCAGAAAUUUCAAAUGGAAUUCCUGUUUUUUUUUUCUUCAAAGAAUUUGAGAGAAAAUUUUAAACCAGCAAAUGCCGAAAACAUUCUGAAAAAAAAACUAUACGAGAUCCAGAUUCAAUUCUAAAGGAACCUCAGUAGCAAUUCUGAAAAAAAAAACCUUUUAAAGAAACUCCUUUUAGAAUUCAUAAGUGGCAUUCAGAAGCAAUUUCUGGUGGAAGUCUGUGGGUAUUACAAACGUGUGAUUGUGACAAAAAAUCAGGAAAUUUUUUGAAAUUCGAGACAGAAUUUCGAAAGAUUUCUUAAAACAAUUUCGGAAAGAUCGAAGAAUUUGCAAGAGUACAUGCAGAAAAUCCGAAAAGAUUCCAAACUAAAACCGAAUUCCAUAGGUCAAUCUAUAUAUGUUCCAAAGGGAAUCCUGAAGGAAUUUCAAGUAAAUUCUGAAUAAAUACCAGAUGAAAUCCUACAUAUUUCUAAACGAAUUAUGAUAGAUUUCUUGGAAUUUUAAAUGAAUUUCAGGAGGAGUUUUGAGUUGGAACUCCACGGAGAAUCAUAAAAAAAUCAAGGAGAAUGGAAUGAAAAAAAAAAAACCAGAGUAAAAUCAGAAGGAAUUGCGGAAACAUUUCGGAGCAGUUUGAAGGGAAGUUUUGCAGAAUUUCAGUUUGUAUUUCAAGACCAACAUGAGAAAAAGGAAGAACAUUCAUUGCGAGUUUCAUCUCAUCCUGUUUGUCAUAUUUCCAUUUAUUUAUUUUUUCAAACAUUCUCCAGGGAUAGAUAGAAGGAAGCCAUAUCUUUCUGUAAGUAGAAAAAAACACUAAUGUAAUAUAAUGAUGGGCAAAACAUCUUGGAGGAACGAUGACCAGAAAAGCUGAAAUACGCAAUGGUUGAUCCGCUCUUUUUAUAUGUUGGUCUAGAAUUCUGUACGGAAUUAAGGAAAAAUUCUGAAGAAAAUCUGGAAGAUUUCAGUGAAGAAUUUUGAAAAAUUUCUUGAGAAAAUAUUUUUGUUCUGAGUUAAUUCAGUGUAAUUCCUAAGGAAAUUUAGGGACUUUUUAAAGGAGUUUUGAAAAAAAAUUCGAAGGAAUUUUAUGAAGAAUAUUUUAGGAUUCUUCUGCGAACUUCAGAAGGAAUUCCAGGGUGACUUUCGAAAGAAUAACUUACUUCAAAUUCUUACGCGUGCCAUUGCAGAAAUACAACACCUGCAUGGAAAUCUCAUUCGUUCUAGACAGCACGAGCGUGGUGAAUUUUCAGACCCAAAAUGAUACGAGCACUGGAAGAUUGUGCGAAAUUCAUCCGAAAUUUCAAGCGGAUUGCUCAUGAAAAACCUGGAGGCAUUCUUGUGCAAGUCUAGGGUUAAUAAUAUUAAAGGUUUGAGGGGUGAUUUCGAAAAAAAUAAUCAGAAGUUAAUUGUAUGAAAAUUUGAGGUACAAUUCUGAGAAAAUUAUGCAAGUACUUUAGAAUUUUCGAUAGAUCUUCAGGUGGUAUUUUUAAAGAUUUUCAGGCACAACUUUCAAAUGAUGGAGGAAUUUCAGUCAUAACUCUGCAGAUAUUCCAGGUAGAGUUUCUGAGGAAUUUCUGCAGCACUUCUGGAAGGAAUUCUGGAUAAUUUCUUGGAGGAUAUUUUGCAGCAUUUCAGGCCGGAGGUAGCUCAAAACUUAAAAAAAACACACAUAUUUAAUCUGAAAAAAAUAGUCAGAAACCUGAAGAAAUUUAAAACGUUCUAGAAUUACGUAUUAUUGGCGGAGUUCUGAAGAAAAUCUGAAGGAGUUCUCGUCGGCAUUUCGAAGUUUUUCCAAAAUGGCUCUUAAAUAUUUUCAAAGCUUCAAAGGAAUUCUAACGGAAGUUCUGAACUAAUUUUGAAGAUACUCUUCAAGAACUUUGAGAAAAACUCUACGCGGUAGUGUGAAGGACAAAUUUUGAAGAAAUUUAAUCUCGAGCUGGGAAGAGAUUCCAUGAAAUAUUCUGAAGUAAGUUCUAAAUAAUUAUUUGUUGAAUGUAUUUAGAAGGUAACGGCCCGAAGCAUAAAAAUUCCCAUAACUAUGGAACACAUGUGUUUGGAAAUUUCCGAGCCAUCUAGCAUUAAGAUGUUUUUAGAGGUAGCGUAUGGCCUUUCUUAAAUACAUCGCAAACGAGAAAGGGAAAAUAUUGUGUCAUCUGAGUAUCAGCCGAAUAGGAAUCCCCCAACAAUAAGUCUGUCUACGUAAAAAAUACAAAAAUUUCGAAGAUACAGUGUGUGUUAAACUGACAAUUUCAGGAACAAAUUUGUGAAAAAAUUGUCACUUGUUUUGGUGAGAGAUAAAGUUGGGAAAGCCAGACCCGGUUGGACCUGGAUGGAGCUUCGAAUCCACGUUGACUUUCUAUUCUACAGAAUCGUAACUUGUUCUGCCGUUUAUUUGGUUAGGGUUUAUCAAAGUCGAGGGUUCGAAUCCCAUCAAAACAAGUGGUACUUUUACACAAAUUCAUCUCUCAAUGUUUCAAUUAAAUACACAUUGUGUCUUCGGAAUUUGAAUUUUUUCGUCUAUUUCAGACGUACCAGCCGACUGGUAUAGUCAGCAAGGGCAUUAAAAUUAUCUACUAAAUCUGCUACGGCUACCGAGCUCCUUCCACGAUGAUGCUGCCUAUUGACGUCUGAGUCAAUCAACCACCAGCAUGUUCAGCCCUGUCUACACUGAAAUUCUUUCAUUCUUACACAAUCGUAAUACAUAUAAAGUUCCUUUUAGUAUUAAAAGAUCUUUUCGCUUGAUGGCCUUUUGAUAUUAGACAGUUGAGUUUAAACAACUGUUAAUGACAGAUCAUUCCUAAUUUUUCUCCUUUUUUGAUUUCUGUUUUCACUGUGAUUUAUAUGCAUCUCUACUUAUGGUUUUUUAAAAAAAAAAAAAUUGUCAUUCUUAACACUUCCUAAGUGCCGAAAUGAUUGACUUUCACUGCCUGUUAAGGCACAACGUAUAACCGAAGUGCCAUACAUUGCUUCGGCUGUAUUGCAACGACAAUGUUGCAAUCUUUCCAGUGCGGUAAAAUUUUAGCAAUAUUGAAUGAUUAAAUAGCUAUGCUGCAUAUUAAUGAGCCCACGUUAAUAAUAAAUCUGCCGACAUUAAUAAUUCCAUGGAAAUGUACUGUGGUUCAGCAAUACUAUAUCAGAGUCUGAUUCGGUCUUUCGACCCAUAUUGCCAACCACCAUGCAGCAGUACAGAUCCUCGCGGGAGUCGUACGACGCCUUCAUCCGGCUGUUCCGCAUCUUCAGUCGCCUGUGCGGGGCAGAUAUCUUGGACGACGAUUAUAAAGUCGAUAUUCGCACCAUUACGCUGUGCUCGACUGUGGCAAGCUACCUGGUGAGUGUUUUCUACAGUGUGUUCUACUACUACCCGGACUGGCUGGACGUGGUGGAAGUGUGCUCGCUCAUGGGAUUGGGCUUUCAAGGUGCCGUCAAGUUGAACAACUUCAUAUUCUACAGUGAGCAGUAUCGACAGGAAAACCGGUGGAUGCUGAAGUUCCUCAGCAUCCAUUCAGACCAUCCGAAGAACAAUGCCGCGUUGUUGAGCGUAUUGAACAAGAUACAUAUCUUCAAGGUUGUCCUGUUGAUGGCGUACUUUUCGGGAAUGGUGCUGAUCGGCUUUUUUCCCUUGGGGUACUAUCUUAUGUUCGGCGAACCAAAGCUGGCAAUGAACUUUCUGGUACCUUGGGUUGACCCGGGAACUCCGCUGGGCUUCGGAAUUACGCAGGUCUACCACUUGAUAAUAAAUGUCCUUUCGGCAGUCGGGAUCGCUGCUAUGGAUUUGAUUAUUAUGAUGGUAAUCGCAAGUGUGGCCGGACUGGUAGAUGUUUACCUGAACAAAUUGGAGGAGUUGGAUAAACUUUUAGAGUCGGAACUACCAGCGGAAACUGACAUUCGUGACAUGGUAUUGGAAAUCAUCGAUCUUCAUCAGAAAAUAAUCAGGUACGAAACCGAUCUCAGGGAACGUUACAAAGUCCUGAACUUUGUGCAGCUGGCUUCAUCUGUGUCUUUUAUUGCGCUGAAUCUGUUUCUGUUCUACAUGUAUGAUUACUAUCAUGUGAUUGGGUUUCUACUGGCGGGAGUUUUCCAGCUCAUGGAGUUUUGCUUCCUGGGAACCAUUUUCAGUGUAAAGAAUGACGAUAUGACACGAGCGAUUUACAAUACAAAUUGGUACCUACUGGGACGACCAGAACAAAGAUCCUUACAGUUGAUUUUAAUUCGAAGUCAAAAAUCGGUGGAGUUGACUGCCUUGACGCUUCUGCCUUUGAAUGUGGAAACAUUUGUGGAUAUUAUGAAAAACAUCUACAGGUGUUUUGCUAUGUUGAUCACAUACAUGGAGCCUUUGUAAAAGGAAAUACGCAACCUUUCAAAUGCAAAAGAACCUUCGGUUAAAAAUCACGGAAAUCUAAAUAAUGUAAUACUCAAAUUGUUAUCAAUAAAGCAUAUUUUUGAAUUAUGGUAUUCGAAAACAGUAAAUGUUUCAUGACAAUCUAGGGGCAGCUCAUUUAUUACGUAAGGGAAUUUUCACGAUUUUUCGACCCCAAUUUUGAAACUUAAACUAAUUAUCCAUACAUAAACAAUGAAUUUCUUCCUGUCUGUCUAACCCUUAUAGACUCGAAAACUACUGAAAUUAUCUAAAACUCAAAAGCACUUCAGGACACGCGCCAUCAAGCAACCGAAACUGCACCGCGCUCACACUGUAUACGACGAGUGAGGCUUUCUGGUAGUGUUGUACUUUUUAUACAACAGCGUGCGUCCUGAAGGGUUAAAUUACACAUUUCUGCAUCUUACUUUUCAAUAUGGCCUCGCAUCCCAACAAGCCGAUAUUGAUUUGAUUUUGGAUCGAUUUUUCCCACUGUGAUUUAGUGUUUCAGGCCACUCUGUAGCUCUGCCACUGUUCCAAGCAUCUGGUGAUAAUAUUUACCGCAAAGCAUCAAUAUUGACCAGAUAUCGUGAAAACUGUACCCCGGUUGUUGAGCCCGGCUCGUCGCAAUCGCCCAAGGCGAUGAUGUAGAGAGUUCCGGUCAUUUGGUCCAACGCUAUUUGGCCGAAUGUCGUUUGAGCGAACGUCAUUUAGCCGAAUGCCGGUUAGCCCAAAAAGAAUGUUGAACUUAGGUGAUCAUACCACUGCUUGCUAGAUCAGAAUAACUCAAAAGAACAGCCUAUGAUUUAAAGUAUAAAAAAUCUCUGAAAUGGCCUAUGAUUGAAAAGUAGUAAAUAUUGGCCGCUAGAAUUAUACUUAGAGCUUGCUCACGCGUCCAAGUUCUUUUGAUCAUAAUCCGGCCAAACAACCCUUUCGGUCAAACGGCAUUCGGCCAAUUGGCCGGACAUCAUUGAAGAGUAGACAUGAGAGUCCGUCAUCUUACUGCAUUCUCCGGCGAGAUCAGAAUGAACUGGAUAGUUUACAUUUUGUAAAAACUUGCAAGGGAUUAAUAUUUCUGAAAACGUACUCUACAAGCUGGAACUUUUACAGUUUGAACCUAUAUUAUUCGAAUCCAAGACUAAUACCAAAGAUGGUUAGAAGGAAAAAGAUGAACGACUCCCACUCCUAACAGGCGACACGAAUAGCGCCGCUCUGGUGAGCCAAAGUUCAACUAACACACUCUUAAUGAAUUUUCGUAAAAAUCUCAAAACAAACGUUCAGGAAAAUUCACGCUAAACUUUUUUCACACAGUCACGCGCAAGGUUAUUAUUGUAAUCGCUAAUAGAUUUUCAAUUUAAUAAAUCGAUUCAGUGGUGGGUGAACCAAUGUUUAGCUUGAUUUGAAUGUUCCAAUGUUUACGAAUAUGU